AUGAGGGCGUGUGCGCAGUCUCAUACAAGUUGCGCAGAGCAUAUACGCAUAUUGCGUCUUUGUCACGUCCGCUGUCAAGCACCUAACCCAAGUAUAAAAUAGCAACAAAGCAGUCAACAUAUUUCAUAUCAUUAAAAACCGCACACCACAGUCGCAACACCACCACUACCAAAUUGCGCAGAUUGACUCUUUUUUUUUUACCGCACAUCUCCAUCCUUGCAUGCAGCUCGAUGAAAGAGGCCGACGAGCGGGAGACUUGUGUCCAACGAUUGAACGCUUACAUGCGCCUCGGUGAGCGAGAGCCACCCGGUCCUCGGAGCCCCGCGGCGGAGGUCCACGCAGGACGGGAUGGCGACGCUGAGGAUGCUGCGGGGAGGAGGAGGAGGAGGACAGGGAUGCGGAGGUCCUUUUGUGCAUCCUCAGCUGAGUCCAGGGAAGCUGCCGAGGCACAAAUAGUCCAACAUUUUUGGUACAGCUCAGGCUGCAGCAGAGUGAGGAUGACGACGAGGAGCUGGGCGCAGUCAGAUGGAGAGAGGAGGAGAGAGGAGGGGAGGGGAGAGGAGAGGAGGAGAGAGGAGGGGAGGGGUGGUCCUCUGAAGCCAGGUUGUUACAUCCUCAGCCUCCAGCUCGACACCCCCUCCCCCCUUUGCAUCCUCUUGAUUGUGCCGGCUGAGCAAGGCCCACGGACUUGGUGCACCAAGUGCUGCCAAUCAUCCACGUGUCAUCAAACCAAUCAUCCACAUGUCAUCAAACCAAUCAUCCGCGUGACAUCAAACAUGGCCUGCAUGGCUUGGAAAGUGAUUCUAGUUUGUGUCAUACAUGAUAAACAAUAAAAGGUAGAGUAUGUGCCAUAUCAGUCCAAUGGCCGACAUGAGGCCUAUAGGACAGGUAGUUCAAGCCGGCAGCUUUGCAGGUAGGUAGAUAUAGGUAGGUAGAUAUAGGUCGGUAGGUUAGUAGGUAGGUAUAGGUAGGUAGGUAGGUAUAGGUAGGUUGUUUGGUAGGUAUAGGUAGGUAGGUAGAUGUAUA